AUGGAGACAGAGAGUUGUUUGCCUUUCUCUUCGCAGACCAGCAGGAGGACGCCGGGUAACUCACCGAGACUGGAGCACAGCGGCUCCGGCUCCUUUCUCCCCUGCGAUGAGCAGCAGAAAGCCUCGCAUCUUCCGCCUCCUCUUCCCCAUCGCCUCAGCCUGCGCGGGGACCUGUACGCCUCCGCCAUGGGGAGGUUUGGGGAUGCUGCGGCGGACUUUACGCACGGCGCUGCCUCCGCCAACCCGCCCGCCUCCCCGUCCAAACACAGCAAGUUCUUGGAGAGUAUAAACCAGGAUCCAAAGGGGACAGCGGUUAACGGCAAGCCGGCGUUUUAUGAGAACAGCUCGGAAGUCAGAGAGAAAGGAGGUCCAAAGCCCAUGGGCUACCCUGGCAUUGGCACAGACUGUUGUGGCAAGCUGAAGGAGCCAGGUGCCGGUUUGCAGGGGGACUCUAUCGCCGACUCCAUCGACUUAUCGGGCAAGAACAAAAAACGGCGCAAUCGUACCACCUUCAGCACCUUUCAGCUGGAGGAGCUGGAGAAAGUGUUCCAGAAGACGCACUACCCUGACGUGUACGCCCGGGAGCAGCUGGCCCUGAGGACCGAGCUCACUGAGGCUCGGGUUCAGGUUUGGUUCCAGAAUCGUAGAGCCAAGUGGAGGAAACGGGAACGCUAUGGAAAGAUCCAGGAAGUCCGCAACCACUUUGCAGCUACAUAUGAUAUCUCUCUUCUCCCUCGGCAUGAUACAUACCAGAUGCAGGGCAACCUGUGGCCCGGGGCAGCUUCAGGAGGAGGCGGUGGUUCAGGUGCUGGCUGUGUCCUUGGAGCGGACUCCAUCCCCUCGUCCUGCAUGAGUCCAUACGCUCACCCCCACAGCAAUCUGCAGGGCUUCAUGGGAAUGCCUGCAUCCCCCAGCCAUCCCCAUCACCACCACCCGCCACACCAUCCAGGCAUCAACGGCCUCUAUUCACUCCACAGCUUUCCAGGAGCCCUCGGGCCCCCUUCCAUGGAGGGACCCGAGACUGACUACAAGCCGACGGGCCUUGUGGCGCUGCGUAUGAAAGCCAAAGAGCCAGGCAGCAUCCUCUCCUGGCCUACAUGA